CUUGCACAUAGACAUCGACGAGUGCUUAGCCAUCCGAACCUGCUGGCAGACGGUGGCACCCGUCCAUUGUUUAUGUAGUACUCCUCUUCUUCUGCUCUCCCUGUGCUGGCUGCAUGGAUGCAUGGCUGUGUAGGGGCAAAACAUCCUCCCUCUCCAGCUUGUAGCACCCGUCCAUCAUCAUCAGCACCAUCAGCACCAUCAUCGUCCUCCUCUACAUACUCUUCUCAGCACGGCACAGUUGGAGCAGGAGAGAAUAGGGACGAAGCGAAGCGCCGGUUAAUUAUUGCGCUAUUGAAAACAAAAAAAGCCCCCGACCACACCAUUCUUGUUUAGGGGCCUGUCCUGCCCGCUCCGCUUGGGCCAUCCCUGCCCUGCCCUGCCCUGCCCUGUCAGUUGGCCCGUUUGCUGGGAACGACGCAUACAGCAACCGCUGUGUGGUCGCCGCCGUCGAAGCACACCACCCGCUACCCACCGCGCCCACUACGGCCGCCCCGUUGUUUCCCGCCAGCACCUUCGUCCUUCUGUUCCCACCCGCACCCGCCCAACCACCACGUUCUUUCGCCUCUUGCACGCUCCCUUCGCGCUCCUGACCCGUUACCAUUACCCGCUAAUCUUCGUCGCUCGUCUCUCGUUUGCCUGUAAUCGCCAAUCCUUCCCAUCGACCGGGAACAAAGCCUCCAUUGUGCGAUCCAUCGGCAUUCUCUCCUUUCUUGCGACCAUCUUCCGCCAUCCUUCUCGCCUCUUGUCUUCUUUGACAGGAUCCUCAGCCACCGCCCGACGUCUUUGUCUCGGACCGCCCCUGGAUUCUGCAUCGGCUUGAUUGAUCCAAGCAGACUCUGGUCUUGAGCCUGGCGAUCGUUGUCCUGCAAAUCCAACCAACGCCGCCCAUCAACAUGACCGUGUAGCCGACUCGGAAUCCAAAAUCCACUUGUUUACCAGAAGCGCUGCGUUCGAGUUGCCUGGAGCAUCAAUCUUCACUCAUCCUGACUGAUUGACAGACUCGUCCAUUCUUUACUUUUAUUACCUUGCUACGUCAAGUACACUCGUUUACUACCAACUUCCUGACAAAUCUCGUUUUCGAACUACGCUUUGAUACCCUCGAGAAUCAUUUUAUUUUAUUUAUAGUAGGUCUUAUAAAGAGUCAUCGCAGAUAAUAGUAGUUAUGCCACGAUCCACCACGAUAUGGGCCGUUGCCCUGGCCUUGUCCAGUCUGUCCGGCUCUGGACCUGUUCUUACGACUGCCGAAGCCAUGCCCGCCCCUGUUAGGGGACAGGAGAACGAGAAUCGUCCAAAAUAUUAUUUCCCACGCCAUGUUCGAAGACAGGUCCCCGACCACACCGCCGAUUCGACCCCCAAGGUAGAGACGCGUCAAUCCAUCAACGACUGGCUUUUCGGCGCACGUCCGGAAGACAAGGAAAAAGCGAAGACGAACGACCUCAAGGCCGAUGCUGCCGCGAAUCCUUUGGACCCGUCUUUCCUCGAACCUUUCAAAGUCAACAAAGCUGCGGUCCCAAUCGGCACCGGAAAUCUCGGAAUCUCAUCCACGACUUCAUCGUCAUCAGCUCUACCAAUUACGUCUACAAGCGCGGUAGUAACUACGAGCUCGAGUGCCCUCUCCACUUCGUCUGUGGCUGCCAUUCCCAUCACAAGUUCAGCAACCUCUGUUGUAGUCUCGACUUCUGCCGUCGUACCUAGCUCUUCUGCUGUGGUGUCUUCUGCCGUGGUUCCAAGCAGUAGUGUUGUCAGCUCCGUCCAAUCUUCGUCGUCUAUUGCCAUACAAAGCAGCAGCAUCGUGAGCUCUGUGGCUCCCACUACCGCAGUGAGCUCUACAAGAUCGUCUUCUUCGAUUGCCUCUGUGGCUCCCACCACCAGUGCAGUGAGCUCUUCUGUCGUUGUCCCCGGUGUCAGCAGCUCAAGCGUCGUUUCGUCGUCUUCCGUCGUUAUCCCUGGAGCCAGCAGCUCGAGCACCGUUCAAUCUUCAUCUUCUGUCGUGGUUCCAAGUGUCAGCAGCUCAAGCGUCAUUCCAUCUUCAUCCGUCGUAGCUCCCGGAGCCAGCAGCUCAAGCGUCAUUCAAUCUUCAUCUUCCAUUGUUGUUCCGGGAGUCAGCAGCAGUUCCACAUCUUUGGCUUCUGCUUCGAUCAGAUCGAGUUCCGCCGCUUCUUCUUCCGCUGUUGUCUCUUCCGCAUCGCAGUCCUCUUCUGCAGUGGCACCCACUGGCACUCUACCUUCUUCUGUGCUCCAGCCUACGUCCGCAAACAGUGGCUCCUCCGUAUCCUCUGCGGUUGUUGCUCCAACGGGCACCGCCCCUAGCUCUAUCAUUAGGCCAACUUCGUCUUCGCUCAGCGGCGUCGUGUCUUCCAACACUCUAAGUUCUGUCGGAGCCGCGCCAACCGGAAGUGCCCCCAGCUCUGUUAUCCUGCCUACUUCGAGCAGAUCCAGUGUAGCCUCAAGUUCCGCACUCACAAGUGUGGCACCGACGGGCGCUGCCCCAAGUUCUGUUAUCCAACCGACGACGUCUUCUCUCAGCAGCGUUGCAACUUCCAACACCUUGAACUCCGUCGUUGCGCCAACUGGCACGGCCCCUAGCUCUGUCAUCCUGCCUACUUCGAGUAGAUCCAGCGUAGCGACAAGUUCCGCACUUACGGCUGUUGCGCCGACCGGCACCGCUCCCAGCUCCAUCAUUCAGCCAACCUCUUCGGUACAGAGUGCCGUGUCUACAUCUAGAUCCAGCUCGGUAGCUGUUGCGCCCACGGGAACUGCGCCCAGCUCUGUUAUUCAACCCACUAGCGGAGCAUCUUCUGCGGCUGCAUCAUCGAGGCCUGGAAAUGGAUCCACCGGCAGUGGACUCCCAAGCUCCGUCGUUCAACCCAGCUCUUCGAGAGUGUCCUCAGCGGGAACUGCUCCUGGUGCCUCCCUUCCUCCCACGUCAUCUGCUGCUCAGUCUACACGCUCGUCUGGUUCUACCGGCCAAUCUGCCGUGCCUUCUCAAUCCAGUGCCGUUGGUACAGGUGGAGCAAGCCAGCAAAUCCCCUCGUCGAUUCUUUCGGGGACCGCGCCCUCGAGCAGAGCAGGAGCUUCGUCAACAUCUAGGGGCACGUCUUUCCAAGGUCCAUUCAUCAUUGGUAGUUCGUCAGGUGCCGCUUCGUCUUCUCUGUCUGGCUCCGCCGGGUCAACUGGUGUCCUCCCAUCCGCUACAGUCCAGCCUACAUCGUCUACACAACGAUCUGGUUCGACUAGAUCCACCGGAACGCUUCCUCGUGGAACUGGUGUGUCAUCUUCGGGUACCAGCUCUCGUCCCUCGGACGCACUCAUGAGUAACGUUCUUCUUCCUACCGGCACCGGGUCUUCAAGCAUUGUUUCCAGUGUUGUAUCGUCUGCUGUUCCUACAAGCAGCGGAACUGGAAUCAUCGUUGGUAUUACUACUGCCAUCAUUCCUUCGAGCUCUGCUUCUGCUACGAUCCCCGCCUCGGAGACACGUUCGCAGUCGGGCCUUCUUUCUGGAGUGUCGUCUAUUGCAUCUUCAGUAAUUUCGGGAGCUUCCUCUGUGCUUUCUUCCGUCGUUGUACCAACUUCUUCUGGAGCACCCAUCUCUUCAGUUGUUAGCACUGCCACCAGUGCUGGGGCGAGCAGCAGUGCAACCCGCCCUCUGUCCAACCCCACGGCUCCGUCCUCUGUGGUCUCGAGUGCUCCGACGACGCUUCCUUCGGUCCCCCUCUCCACUAUCUUGCCAACCAGCCAACUAUCCAGUAUCAUCUCUUCUAUCAUCAGCUCUGGUUCCGGCGUCCCUACAAUCAUACCAACUGGACCUACUACUGUUUCGCUUCCUUCUUCGUCGAGCCAACCAACUGGUAUUCCUAGCUCGGAAUCCGUCCCAUCGAGCACCUCGAAGCCGUCGACGUCCGCAUCCUCGUCUGGCACCUCUGGUGUUCUUCCUCCGUCCUCUGCACCAAGUGGAACAGGCAGCUCACAGCUUCCUUCUUCGAGUGGCGCUUCUUCGUCCUCGAGUGCGCCCGCCUCAAGCUCUUCCGGAACUGCACCUUCCCCUACUUCCUCUGGAACUGCGAUACCCUCAGCUAGCAGCUCCUCAACUAGCCGUGGAUCUUCCGGGAUCGUCUCGAGCACUGGUGGUACUGCCCCUGCUUCCAGCUCAACUCAAACGUCGUCCAGUACUGGAAUCCCCGCUUCUGAGGGCCCGUCAUCGUCAACUAGUUCGCGUUCUUCCGCUAGCAGCACGUCCGCCAUCCCGACGAGUGCUCCUCCACCAAGCACAUCGUCCAGCGAACAGCCUACAUCUGCUCCUGCAAGCUCUUCGGAAGAGCCCUCACCUUCGCUGACUUUCACGCCCCCAUUGCCUACCACGACAACUACCAAGCCUCCAGUUCACUCCGUAUCCGCCACGGCUUCCAACACCGAGACCACGUUGAGCAUUCCUACAACCAUUUACCAACAGUCCUCAACGAGUAUGUCGAUCACUCCCUCGGCUUCAGCGAUGCCUUCAGGCUUGCCCAAGUGGAUUGUGCCUUCCAACGGUAUGCCCACGGAAAUCCCGGGAGACAAGAUGUUGGGUCAGAUUGCUUUCACAUACGGCUUGAACUAUGACUUUGUACGAACAAACGACGCCGAGGCUGCGAACCAAAUUUUUGCUUACCUGCCUGUCGCCAUCUCCGACGCUCUCGGCAUCGAAAAAUCUGAAAUCGUCAACUACGGAUUGGCGGCUUCCGACACGACUAGCUCCAAGAAGUGGAUUACCACCUUGGCUGUGUUCAUGAUGCCUAGGACGUUCAACGAUACCCUUGCCACCAACCUUACUCAACCGGCCAGUGUCUUCUAUCAUAACAAGGAUGUCACUGUCAGAGAGCUCACGAACCUGGUUGAUCCAAGCUGGCCCCUUGAGUUCGGCAAGAUACCUGCGACGAACGGUCCCAAUCGCGUCACCUCUCCGGGUUCUUCGCCAUCGGAAGAAGCUGGCUCGCAAGGUGGACCGUUGGGUAGCGGCAUGGCUGGUAGUCACAAAGUCAACCCGACGAGUGCAGGUAUUGCCACUGGUGCAGUUUUGGGUGCAUGUGCGUACGGAGCUGCCAUGUUCUUCGUCGCUCGACGAUACCGCAACAAGAAGAUGUCGCACAAACGUUCUAGCUCUGUCCCAAGCACCAACCGCUACACAGGUAGCUCGCUUGGGGGAGCCUGGAUGUCGGGGGCGCGCAACGGACGCCUCUCGGCUGGAUAUGACAGUCGCGGCAGCCGGGGAAGCAGCACGAGUAACGGGCGCAGCGUGCGCACGCAGCAAAUAUCAGCGCCCAUGAUGGCUGAAAAUUCCCUUGGCUGGAACUGA